AUGGCCACCAUCGCAUCUGCUGUCCGCCAGCCAUGCCUGAGGCGGCUGUGCAGGGCAACCCACGGUGAUAUCUUCUCUGGAUGGUCUCUUGGAGGACGUCGCGCAGCCUCGGUAGCCACCGCGGCGAAGUUGAAGGAGGAGGUCGCGGAGGCACCCACCUACCCGACUUACGAGCUCUCGGACAAGGACUUGCAACGCCUCGCAAAGCAACGCAAUAUUGGCGUUUCGGCGCAUAUAGACUCUGGGAAGACGACCCUGACGGAACGGAUAUUGUAUUAUACUGGUAGAAUCCGGGAGAUUCACGAGGUUCGCGGUCGUGAUGCUGUUGGCGCCAAGAUGGAUAGUAUGGAGCUGGAGCGGGAGAAGGGUAUCACCAUUCAAAGCGCAGCAACCUUCUGCGACUGGACUGCCAAGUUACCCACCGGCGAACAAGAAAAGUAUGCUAUUAAUAUUAUUGAUACACCUGGCCACGUCGACUUUACGAUAGAAGUAGAACGAGCCUUGCGAGUUUUGGAUGGUGCAAUUCUGGUUUUAUGCGCGGUUGCUGGAGUCCAAAGUCAAACAACGACAGUGGACAGGCAAAUGCGACGGUAUAAUGUUCCUAGGAUCUCAUUUAUAAACAAGAUGGACAGACCUGGAGCUAAUCCAUGGCGCGUCAUUGGUCAAAUUCGGUCAAAACUCCGUAUCGCUGCUGCUGCUGUGCAUGUCCCCAUCGGCGUGGAGGACGAGUUCAGAGGUGUCGUCGAUUUGGUCCGUUGGAAAGCCGUUUACAACGAAGGCGAGAAAGGCGUUAAUAUCCGCGAAACGGACGAGAUACCCGCCGAGGUUUUGGAUCUGGCUAAGCAGAAGCGUACGGAACUCAUCGAACAACUCGCUGAAGUGGACGACGAGAUCGGUGAAAUAUUUCUCAACGAUGAAGAGCCGUCCUUGGAGCAACUGGUCUCUGCCAUCCGGCGAGCCACGGUCGGCCUCAAGUUCUCCCCGGUCUUCCUCGGCUCUGCCAUCAAGAAUACGGGUGUCCAGCCGCUCCUCGACGGUGUCUGCGCCUACCUGCCGAACCCAGCCGAAAGCCUCGUCACUGCGCACGACACCUCGCAGCCUGUAUCUUCCCCGCCGGUGCCCCUCGCUCCCGCAGCCGCUGCGCCCUUGGUAGCGCUGGCGUUCAAGCUGGAGGAAGGACGUUUCGGUCAGCUGACUUACAUGCGGGUGUACCAGGGUAGCCUCAGGAAGGGCGGACACAUCUAUCAUGCUAGAACUGGCAAGAAGGUUAAGGUGCCCCGUCUUGUACGCAUGCACAGUAACGAGAUGGAGGAUAUCGAUGAAAUUGGACCUGGCGAAAUUUGCGCUAUGUUUGGCGUCGAGUGCGCGUCUGGAGAUACCUUCACUGAUGGUUCUACGUCAUUUUCAAUGACUUCUAUGUACGUUCCCGAACCUGUUAUCUCUCUGGCUCUCAAGCCGGUGGGAACUGAGUCGCCGAACUUCUCUCGUGCUUUGAACCGAUUCCAAAAAGAAGAUCCGACGUUCAAAGUCCACAUUGAUCAUGAGAGCAAAGAGACUAUCAUCUCUGGUAUGGGCGAGCUUCACCUCGAAAUCUACGUGGAGCGCAUGAGGCGUGAGUACAACGUCGAGUGCACUACCGGCAAGCCCAAGGUUGCCUUCCGGGAGACUGUCACGCAGCGAGCAGACUUCACGUACACCCACAAGAAGCAGACCGGUGGUGCGGGUCAGUACGCGAAGGUUAUUGGGUACAUCGAGCCCUGUGAGCCGGAUCCCGAGACCGGGAAGGAUGUCGACUUCGAGAGCGUCGUUAUGAGCGGCAAUGUCCCGUCUAACUACAUCCCGGCGGUCGAGAAAGGUUUCUAUGAAGCUUUGGAAAAGGGUUCGCUUUCGGGCAACCCUGUAUCUGGAGUUCGCAUGGUGCUGAAGGAUGGUGGUUUCCACGUUGUUGACUCGUCCGAGUUGGCUUUCCGUCUCGCCACUAUCGGUGCCUUCCGUGAGAUAUACUCUAAGGCGGCUCCUGUCAUCCUGGAGCCGAUUAUGACGGUUGAGGUCGUUGCACCUAUUGAGUUCCAAAGUGCUGUAAUUGGUGGCUUAAAUUCGCGGCGUGGUACCAUCAUUGACAGCGAAGUCCGCGAGGACGAAUUCACGUGUAUAGCGGAGGUCGCAUUGAACGACAUGUUCGGCUACUCCAGUCAAUUACGAGGAGCUACACAGGGUAAAGGCGAAUUCAGUAUGGAGUACAAGACACAUUUACCAGUGCUUCCGCAUGUCCAGAAGGAGUUAGAGGAGGCUUAUCGCAAGUCACUCCCUCAGGCGAAGAAGUAAACUGCUUGGUCGCCUCCGAUACCGUAGACAUCAUCUACAUUUAUUUUGUCAUCCACGCAUUCGCUAUCGACGGUGGCUGAACGCAAUCCGACACUGAAAAGACGGGGAUGCCAUCAUUUAGUAUGAUUCAUUGCUCUUUCGGCCUAGAGACAUUUAGUUCAAAAUCAUGUUUGAGUCUCUUCGAGAUGGCGCUGAUUUCCUGCAGACUGUCGCAGACCGUUGAUAAAUUACCUUGCGACUAGCAAGGUCUCCGCUGCGCUGCGCGUCGGGAAUCGAGCCAUCAAACCUGUAUUUGUUUAUGUUGUUUUGUGGCUACUACUUGUGGCGCAUCAUGCCUGUGCUGUCUUCUACGAGCUGAGGCUGCACUCAUCCUUCAUGCACGAG